AUGGAAAGGUGUUGGUUUAAUUCGACGGUGUUUAAGAAGGAGUUACAACGUGGGUAUGGGAUAAAGAAAUUAAUGGACAAUCUUAGUCCUUUUGAAAAUACCAGUGAAAGUGAAGAUCUGAAUCCAAAAGGUAGGGCUAAAAACAUUCAUAGUUGGAGGGGUCGUGGAAAUUCUAGUUACAGUGAUGUUGGUCGUUUAUUUGGCAUCAAAGACAUUCGGAAUUUCAUCUCUGAUGAGACUUUUUUAGUUAGGGAUAGUAAUGGAGAUAGUUAUUCUAUCUAUUUUGAUAUAGAAAAUCAGAUUUUUGAGAUUGACAGCAAUCAUUCUUUUCUGAAUGAACUACAAAGUUAUUUUUCUAGUUAUCGCAACAUGUAUGAUACUCAAUCUAGUUGGAAUAAUCACAUUACUGGUUGCAUUGACGCUUAUCUUCAGUCUCGAAUCUGUAUUGAUACGCCCAUUCUAAGUGAUCUUCAGUCUCGAAUCUGUAUUGAUACGCCCAUUCUAAGUGAUAGUAGUGACGGUUACAUUUCUAGGUGCGUUUUUAAUAAACGUAAAACUUCUAGUCAAGGCCGGGGGUCCAGUAUACUAACCCGUGCUAAGAGUAGUGAUUUAACUCUAAGAGAAAGGUCUAGUGAUCUCGCUGCAACUCAAAAAUACAGGCAUUUGUGGCUUCAAUGCGAAAAUUGUUAUGCAUUAAAUUAUAAGAAACUUUUGAAAUCACAAAUGAAUGUUUGUGAACAGUGUGGAUACCAUUUGAAAAUUAGUAGUUCAGAAAGAAUCGAAGUUUCGAUUGAUCCCGGGACUUGGGAACCUAUGGAUGAAGACAUGAUCUCCGUGGAUCCCAUUGGAUUUCAUUCGGAGGAGGCGCGUUAUAAAGAUCGGAUUGAUUCUUAUCAAAGAAAGACAGGAUUAACUGAGGCUAUUCAAACAGGCAUAGGUCAACUAAAUGGUAUUCCCGUAGCAAUUGGGGUUAUGGAUUUUCAGUUUAUGGGGGGUAGUAUGGGAUGCGUAGUCGGGGAGAAAAUAACCCGUUUGAUUGAGUACGCUACCAAUCAAUUUCGACCUCUUAUUAUAGUGUGCGCUUCGGGGGGAGCGCGCAUGCAAGAAGGGAGUUUGAGCCUGAUGCAAAUGGCUAAAAUAUCGUCUGCUUUAUAUGAUUAUCAAUCAAAUAAAAAGUUAUUGUAUGUAUCAAUCCUUACAUCUCCUACUACUGGUGGGGUAACAGCCAGUUUUGGUAUGUUGGGAGAUAUUAUUAUUGCCGAACCAAAUUCCUACAUUGCAUUUGCGGGUAAAAGAGUAAUUGAACAAACAUUGAAUAAAACAGUACCCGAAGGUUCACAAGCGGCUGAAUAUUUAUUCCAGAAGGGCUUAUUUGACCUAAUCGUACCGCGUAAUCUUUUGAAAAGUGUUCUGAGUGAGUUAUUUAAGCUCCACGCCUUCUUUCCUUUGAAUUUGUAG